AUGCUUACUUCUCGUGCACUUCGAAUUCCACGUAAACCAUUUGUGGAUCUUGAUUACGCAAGGCAUAUGCCUUCUGCUUAUGUUGAACGAACAAAGCGAACUGUUCCGAGAAAAGUUUUUGGAGAUAGGUUCGGAGCUCCAGAUAUCAAAAUGUACUAUGUUCAUCCAGAUGACUAUGUUCCAUCACAUCGCCGUCCUUGGGAAGACAAACAGAUUUCUUCUCAUCUACAUAGAUCGGACAAAUAUUUCUCGGCUCAACUUUCCAACCAAUACUUCAAUCUUCGUCGCCCAAAAUCCGAACGAAUGGCCGAUACAGAGUGGACUUUCUUCCCGGGAGAUCUUGUACAAGUGAUGGUCGGAAAAGACAAAGGACGGCAAGGACUUGUGCUAACCACUAGCAGAGACUCCAGUGAUGUGAUCGUUGAUGGCUUGCACACAAAGCUCGGUGAGGACAUGGAGGGUAGUGAGAAGUUAGGAGUUGAUAAAACACUCAGGUGGCAAGAGCAACCGUUGUCAGUGUCGAAGAAACAAGUGAUGCUGGUCGAUCCGAAUGAUGAACAGCCAUGUGAAGCAAGAUGGCAAUUAAACGGUCCUGGUGAUGAGUAUAUUCGAGUAUCAACAAGAAGUGGAUAUGAAAUCCCAAUUCCAUCUCAAGCUAAAGUUACAUAUGAAUAUCUACAGCCAGAAAAUUAUAUUGAAGUCGAAGGAAAAGAUACACCAGCUGAUGCUGUACUUGAAAGAACCUACAUGCCAAAAGUUGCGAGCUUCGAGCAGGAAAUUAUGGAAGAAAUGGGAAUCAAGGAGGAAAGAACUCCAAAACCUACUUUCUGGUACUAAUUUUUCCUUUUUUUUUUCUUCUGUAUUUUGUUAUUUUAGAAUAGGCUCUUCGUUUAAUUUUUCGUUUUUUUUUUAGAAAUCUAAAUAGAUACAAUGUUGUUUUUAUUAUAAUCAUUCGAUCUCGUUUUGGAAAAAAAUAAAAUUUAAAGAAAAUAAAA